AUAAUGUCAAGUGUUUUAUGGUCCUGUCCUGAAUGCAAGAAGGUGAUGCAAAGGAAAAACCUCUAUCCUCAUCUUCGUGUAGUACAUUUUUACACUAGAGAGCAAAUAGAGGGGAUGAAGAGUGAAGUUAGUCGCCAGGCUGCACAAGAAGGGGCACCUCCGUAUGAAGAGGUCAUCUGCCCUCUGUGCGAAGAGCGCUUCGUAAGCCACAAGCGUCUUGCAGCACAUUGUGAAGAAGAACAUGCAGAUGAAGGGGCAGAUGGAGAGCCGCAAAAUUAUGCCGUUUUUACCGUUAGUUUCGCAAAUAAGCAAGAAUUUGACAGGUGGUUAGACGAACAGCAACAGGAAAGUGGUACUACUUUUUAUACGCGAUCCAGCUCGAAGCUCAAAGGUCUAAUGGAGCUCAGAUGCAAUAGAGCAGGAAAGUACGUCAAACGUACAGAGGACAGAGCCACGAAGUCCAAGAGAGAUGUGUCGCAUUGCUCUUGUUUUCUUUCCGUAAAAAUGGAGGAAGAUGGAUCAGUGCACGCAGAGGGUUGUUUGGGUCAUGCUGGCCAUAAGAUCGAUAGAGCUCUUCUGCGUCUGACUCCAAGUCAGCAGCAGUUCCUAAAAGGCCUCUUAGAGGAGUUCACACCCGAUUACAUCAUAAAACGUCUGAGGAGAGACUACCCAGCCAAUGUGUCUCGAUUGCACUAUGUCACUAAAGGGGAUCUGUGGAGCAUCGUGAAUCGCUUUGAGUUAAGACCCGGUUUCCGUCAUAAAGAAGAUAUGGCGUCCCUGAAGGCUAGGAAGGAUGAAGGAAAUCCAGAUGACGGAAUCCGACUACUAGAACUGCCUGAGGAAUCUACGGGGAGAGGAUUCCGCAUGAUUAUCUUCACCCGCAACAGAAGAGGCAUUUCAAUCGACGACACGCACAAUGCCACCAGAUACGACCUCAAGCUGGCGACAGUAAUGGUUAUGAACGAAAGAGAUGCAGGUGUUCCAGCAGCAUUCUUACUGAGCGGAUCAAUGACUGCACAGGACGUGGAAAAACUUUUCCUUGAAAUCCGAGAAGUAGUACCCGAGUUCGACCCCAUCCAAGUAGUCACCGACGAGGCGCCAUGUUUUUACAACGGCUUCCGAGCAGUGUUUCCUAACUCAAGGGCAAAGCUACACUACUGUAGGUGGCAUGUUGAGAAAACAUGGCAAAGAAAUGCCAACAAACUGGUCGAGAAGAUAUCGGUUAUGCAAGCCAACGUGAAUGCCCUCGUCAACACAGACACUGAAGAGGCAAUGGAGUUGCUCACCGCAAUCAACGAAUUAGUAAGUGAAGCAUCGAGAAUAGGUCUGACAGCAAUAAAAGGAAUUGCGGCCCGACCAGAGCUAACCCAUGUGGGAGGGAAGCCGAAACUAACAAGAGUCCAGUUGUACACGCGCCAACAGAGCCGCGUAACAAGAAGUGCACUAUCACAUGGCAGACCUGAUAGCGACAGCGAAGAUUGA